AUGACGAUCAUCACCCGUCUUUGGGCUUAUGUAGUCAGCCAAGACCACAGCCUCCAGAAAUCAGACCAUGAUGUCAGCUUUGGUUUUGGUCAGAUGGUGGUUGUCUCUGUUAAAGAUUCUCUCUAUCUUCACCAAUCAACUACACCAAUCAUGUCAAGUCCAAUUUGUCCUAUGCCGCUGGCCGAGAUAUUCCGGGAUAUCUUUGGCAAAGAAAAAGAAACAAACAAAGUCAAGAUACUAUACGAUGAUGCUUUCAAGGCUGAUAUCGGGAGAUGGAUUGCUUCAUGUGCAGUUAUUGGACUUGCGGCGGGUAUAAUUUCAAAGAAUCCAUCUCAAGGGUUACUUGCUGCAGCAGCAUAUAAUCUUGCAGUCGGAGCCCUCCACUUCUUUACUGUCAAAAUACCAGUCAAACCCCUAAGCAUGACCAACCCCCGACCACCCAUGUGGUACAAUCUAGUCCUGGCCGCUUCAACAGCUAUGUGGUUAGCUGCUCUUGUUGUCAUGUUUGUCAAGCGAGAGGAUAUAAGUGCCUAUGAAGAAUCAAACCACGAGAAGCGAAGAACUGGUUUUGUCGGAGAGAUAUCUGAAGGAGCCGUAUCAAUGAUGGAUAAUCUUACGAUUGCGUGUGGUUGUUUUGGAGUUUGUGCCUUGUUAUUUUGUUUAUAUCAGUGGUUUGUUGUUUAUUAUUUACACUCGACAAACUUCCGAAAGGUUGAGAUACGAGAAGGAUUUCGAAAGAUGAACAAGAUUCCACCCCCAAAAGACAACACCUCUGAAGAUGUUUAG